GGCGCGUCAGGUGGCGGCGCGCGUGACGCGGGGCGGCCGGGGGAGGAGGGAAGAUGGCGGCGGCGGGCGGCGGCUGGGCCGCGGUGUGCGAGAAGUUCCGCACCGCCCGCACGCUCUCUACCGUGGAGUCCCGCAAAGACCCGGAGACCGAGCCCUACCGCUCCAAGUACAGCGCCCGGGCCCUGCUGCAGGAGGUGAAGCAGCUGCUGAGCGCUGCCGAGGAGGGCGGCGAGGCGCGGCUGCUGGCCGUGCGGCGGGCCGUGCUGGAGUACGAGCUGGGCGUCAACCACACCGACACCGAGGAGCUGUCGGCCGGUGAGGAGCACCUGCAGCGCUGCACGCAGCUGCUGGAGCCCCACCGCCUCUCCCCAGACUGCGUCUCCCUCUACAUCCAGGCCCAGAACAAUCUAGGUAUCCUGUGGUCUUUAAGGGAUGAAAUUAAAACUGCGCAAACUUACUUGGAAUCUGCAGAAGCCUUGUAUAAUCAAUACAUGAAAGAGGAUGGAAAUCCUCCCCUGGAUCCCAGUGAACAUUUCAUGGCAGAAGAAGAAAAAAUCACAGACCAAGAAAGAUCCAAAAGAUUUGAAAAAGCCUAUACGCAUACUCUGUAUUAUCUGGCACAAGUCUACCAACACCUGGAGAUGAUUGAGAAGGCUGCUCAGUAUUGCCAUACUACUCUUAAACGACAGCUUGAGUAUUGUGGCUACAAUCCAGUAGAAUGGGCACUCAAUGCUGCUACUUUGUCGCAGUACUAUCUCUCUAAGCAAUGCUUUAUGGAGGCCCGGCACUGUCUAGCAGCGGCCAGUGUCAUCUUUAGCCAAGCUGGACAGGUGCCAUCUGCUGAAGACAAUGAAACAGAGCAAGAUCAACAGGACCUUCGACAGAGAAAAGCUGAAAUUGCAAGGUGCUGGAUUAAGUAUUGCCUGAAUCUCCUGCAAAGCGCUCGGAAGUUACUUGAGGAUAACAUAGGAGAGCUGGAUCCAGACAGGCAAUUGGAACUUAAAGCCCAAAGGAAAAAAGAAGAGGAUGAAAAAGAGAAGGGCAGGAAAAAAGCUGUCCUUUUUGGGACGAGUGAUAUAUGUGACUCUGUUUUAGCCAUUGAAGAGAAAGUGAGCAGUGUAUAUCCUUUAGAUUUUCAAGAAGCCAGAGAAAUCUUCCUAGUUGGUCAGAACUAUGUUCUGGAAGCGAAAGAGUUCUUUCAGGUUGAUGGUUAUGUUACUGACCAUAUUGAAAUUGUUCAGGAUCACAGUGCUUUAUUUAAGGUACUUGCUUUCUUUGAAGAAGACUAUGAGAGACGUUGCAAAAUGCACAAGCGUAGACUAGACAUGCUGGAGUCUAUAUAUGUAGACUUGAAUCCUCAGUACUAUCUGUUGAUUAGUAGGCAGCUUCAGUUUGAACUAGCCGACACCUAUUAUGAAAUGAUGGAUUUAAAGAUAGCUAUUGGUAACAGGUUAGAGGAGCUAGACUCCCACACAAUUAAAAAAAUAAAUUCUCUGGCUCAAUUAGCAAUCAAGUAUUAUGAACUCUUCUUAGAUUCUUUGAGGAACCCAGAUAGGGUGUUUCCUGAACAGCUCGAGGAAGAUGUUCUUCGCCCUGCAAUGGUGGCUAAAUUUCAUAUUGCACGACUCUAUGGUAAGCUUAUUACUUCGGAUAGCAAAAAACAACUGGAAAAUAUGCAGACAUCAUUGGAAUAUUACAUGUUUCUGGUAGACUAUUGUGAGAAGUACCCAGAUGCUGUCCGUGCUGUUGAAACUGAACUAGAACUCAGUAAGGAGAUGGUGGGUCUUCUUCCAACAAGAAUGGAGAGGCUAAGAGCAAAGCUGUGUCCAUUCAUAUAAAUACUUGCCUUGAAGGAAAUGUGCACUAUUAAAAUGUUAUCUGUCAAAACCAGUGCUAUCAGACAGCUUCUGUACUGGUUGAUAGAACUAAGGUGUCUACAGUUCGGUAGUCCACCUAGAGCCUGCAGUAGUUUAACUUAGCGAGAAACUCAGAGCUCUCCAGUUCAGUAGCUCACCCACACUAAUGGUAUAAACUUUAAAUGUAAAGUGAAUGUCCAGCUAAUGCUUUGUAUUGUUUGUCCUGUAUGUAAAUAUAAACCUUUUCUCCCUUAUGGUUAUUUCCUUUGGCAUACGGUUCAGUUUCUAAAUGUAGUGCUGUUAUGAAAAUUGUUUCUUCUAAGAGAAUCUGUUUCUCUAGGAAAAUUUUUCUAAGAAACCUGAGGCAUGUUCUUCCAACUAGAAUAUAUUUUCUAACCUUUGUCCCCAGAAAACUUUAUCUGUAUGAAGGGAACUUUGUUAUUUUAAAUAUUUAUUUUGUAUGUUGUUCAGUGUUCUCUUGCUAAUCAAAACCUGGUCGAUAGAGGCUCAAUAAAUGGACUAGCUUGGCAAAAUGUUU